CAAUGAAAUGACUGCAUUUCUUGCAUUCGAUGUAUAAUUUUUGUGACCAGCAUUAGGCACUAUGCCUUCAGAACAUUCGUUCAACACGGAAACUGAUUUGAAAGACGAAAUAAGGCUUGAAAGCUUUUAUUCUGAAGACUCCAAGAUGGAAUCCCAGAAUAAUUUGAAUAUUCAUCAGCUACUUUUGAAUGGAGACCUUGACUGCUCUUCGCCGCUUCUCUCACCAAGGGCCUUGGAAUCUUCCGACAUAUCAGACGUAAACGAUCCGUUUACGAAACCCACAAGUGCUCAAUUGGAUUUUAGUGGCAACCUCACCCCGUCUCAUUCUGGCUCAAAUCUUGCAUCGCAACUGGACACUUUAGAAACUAUUGCUGAUCGGGUAAGUAUCCAUGGCAACCACAGCAAGGAGCAGUAUCACCUGGAGUCACGACUGAUGGUACAGAUCCAGGACGAGGUGGCAUCAAUAUCAAGUUACAGUUCUGUGUCAAGUCCAGAGAUUAUCUCCCCAUCACAUUCGGGUAUAACGUCCCCAAGUACAUUUCUCAAUCAGGACGGUAGUACGCAAUUAUCACUGAUACAAAAGGCUGAAGAUCUGAAUCUAGAUUCUGAAACAACAAAUCUGGACUCUGGUAAUGUUUGGACGCUAUUCCAAGAUCCAGAACUGACACGGAAGGUCUUAAAAAAGGAGGAACAAUCGGACACUUCGUCAGUGAGCCAUGCGGAGGACAAUGUCAUUUGUACGAAUUCGUUUGAUGUGGGGAGUGCUAUAUCCUCGUCACAGUUCGUUUUCAAACAGUUCGGCCAAUUGGUCCCGGGAGUGCUGACUUUAACUAACCCAGCAGCUACAUCAACCAGCCUCAGUGGAAGUAAUGGUGCCGCCAUAACCUCAGCGGCCAUCUCCACAAGCCCUGUACCGGUUAUACGCCAGCCUGCCAAGCGGCUGAAGACACCAUCGUUGGGUCUGCCAUUCCCCUCAAAACAGGGUGGUUAUGAGUUGAAGAUUCUUGCCCAGCCAGAGGAACAACAUCGUGCUCGAUACAUGACUGAGGGAAGUCGUGGGUCCGUUAAAGACACCUCCGGUCAGUCGCAUCCAACAGUCCAGCUCCUUGGAUAUAAACAAAAGGCGACUGUGCAAGUAUUUGUGGGGUCCGAAACCCCGCGUGUGAAGCCCCAUGGAUUUUAUCAGGCCUGCAAAGUGUGUGGUAAAAACUCUGCUCCUUGCUCCGAGAGAGACAUUGAUGGAACGACUGUGAUUGAGAUGGAUUUUGAUCCAGACGAAGAUAUGAAAUUAAGUAUUGACUGCGUUGGUAUUCUUAAGCUGAGGAAUGCAGAUGUCGAACAAAGAAUAGGGUUGGCCAAGUCAAAAAAGAGGAGCACGAAAGCGCGACUUGUAUUCCGAGUGUGCCUCCCAAAGGCUGAUGGCUCCACCCUCACGCUCCAAGUUGCAUCAACUCCAAUUCUUUGCACACAGCCUAUCGGACAACCAGAAAUUUGUAAAAAGUCAUUAAAAGAAGCGCCAGUCACCGGCGGAGAUGAACUCUUCAUCAUCGGCAAGAACUUCAUGAAGGGAACAAAGGUCCUGUUCCAAGAAAUGGCAAGCGACAAUAGCAAGGAGGUCGUCUGGGAAAAAGCCGCUGAAAUUGAUAAUGAGUUUUUUCAUCAGACUCAUUUAAUCUGUCAAGUGCCCGAGUACGACAAAUGUCAGACGUUCGUGCCGAUCUCAGUUUCAAUCGUGGUCGAGUGUAGCGGUAGGGCUAGUGAACCACAAUUGUUUACCUAUACACCUGUGCCUAGUACCAGUGGUACACAUACGCCCUGCCCGAGUGGAUCGCACACACCCGUGGAAGCCAAAAUGGAGAUCAAGCGCGAAAUUAUUCACAUCCCGAUGGAGACCGAAACUGAACAGCCCGCCAGUAAAAGUUUAAGCUUUGUUUCACCAGUUGCGUUAGAACUGAAUAAGUUGAUCCAGGGUCAACAGGAUGGAAUCUUCAGGAUUCCUGCCGGCAUUGGUCUCCCAACCUCUUCGGCGAAAGAGGAUUCCUCAGCCAUUGACGCACCAAUCAUAAGUACGAGCACCAGUUCAGCAGAGAUGAGAGCUGAAUUACGCACCAUAUCCUCCAUGGAUAUCAGUUCAGCCCCAGAAGUUUCAUCACCGAAGAGUAGUAUCAGCGCAAAUGCGCCCAUGUUGGCAUCUCUGUUAGUCAAAGAUCUGGACGCUGUUCAGUCACCAACACUGGAGCAGCAGUCACCAACACAUGGGCAGCAAUCGCCGUUGGAUCUGCAGACACCACCAGAUGUAUCACAGUUUCACCAGCAGGACACUCUGAUGUCAGCGGAAACACAACUGUCACAACUUUUACAGCCAUCUCAGCAGACGUUAUCAAUUGUCCCGCAGACUCCAACUGAAAUCUCGCAGUUUCUCCAAGACUCGCCAUUAGGUCAACUGGACUCGCUGGCCCCAACAGAAGAACAGCAGUUUCUCGAGCGGAGUGCCAGUCCUCAGCCACCGGCUGACACAUCACAGUUUUUGCAGGAGUCCUCUCAGAGCCAGCAUAUGAUAAAUUCACUGCCAACCUCAGUGGCCCCACAAACAUCUACAGAUGUCUCACAGUUUCUGCAACAGUCGACAUUUAGCCAGGCAACUUCAGAGGCCCCUCAAACAUCUACAGAUGUCUCACAGUUUCUGCAACAGUCGACAUUUAGCCAGGCAACUUCAGAGGCCCCUCAAACAUCUCCAGAUGUCUCACAGUUUCUGCAACAGUCAACAUUUAGCCAGCCGACCUCAGUGGCCCCUCAAACAUCUACUGAUGUCUCACAGUUUCUGCAACAGUCAUCAUUUAGCCAGCCGACUUCAGUGGCCCCUGAAACAUCUACAGAUGUCUCGCAGUUUCUCCAACAGUCAACAUUCAGCCAGCCAACCUCAAUGGCCCUUCAAACAUCUACAGAUGUCUCACAGUUUCUGCGACAGACUUCCUUGAGCAGUCAGCAGUCGACAGUGGAUGUGUCACAGCUUCUGCAGGCGUCAGCAGGGACUUUUCAGACAUCACCUGACAUGUCACUGUUUCUUCAACAGACAAGUCAGACCCAGACAUCAGACAAGGUGCAGACACAACCGCAGUUUGUGCAGGUGUCUGUAUUGGGCCAGCCAACUCCAACAAUGAGCUCCCAGUCAUCAGGAGAUGUAUCUCAAUAUUUGCAACAGGUGUUGCUUCGUCAACCGAACUUGAGCAUGAGUCAGCCGACUGCAGGAGUCUCUGGUAUCUCUCAGUUGCAGUCUUCGUCAGCAAUGAACACCCUGACAUUCACAGUGUUGUCAUCGUCUUCACCAAUCAUGGUGCAGCAGACGACACCUGUUAUGGUUCAGCAGACGACACCAACAAUGGUGCAGCAGACACCAACAAUGGUGCAGCAGACGACACCUACAAUAAUGCAGCAGACGACACCGACAAUGGUGCAACAGACGACACCAACAAUGGUGCUCCAGACGCCACCAACAACGGUGCAAUCUUCGACGAUGCAACAGCAAGGGUCACCAAUGAUGCAACAACAAGCUUCACCAAUGUUGCAACAACAUGAUUCUCCAGUGAUGCAACAGCAGGUCCCGUCACCUGUGUUGCAACAAGUGAAAUCACCAAUGGCUCAGCAGAGCACUGACACUGUACAACAGGGGGCCACAACGCAGUCUUUUGAACAUGCGUCACAAGCAAUAGACCAGCUGGUUUCAGAAUGCCAGAAAGAAGAUUCAUUGCAACAGAAUGAUGAUUUCAUGACGCAGGACACGAAUUCCCUGCCUUCGAUAUCAUUAGAUGAUGUCAAUGAUGUUCUGAAAAAUGACUUGAGCUAGCGAUUGUCACGAUGCAGUAGCAAAGUGGCUGCUGCAUCCAGAGACCUUACAAGUAAUACAGAGAAGAUGCUCCAAUGAACAUAAGGAAUAGUUUAACUAUUUGUACAUAUUUUGGUUCGAUUCCCUUUAAAGCAGGUCUGGCCGAUAUUCUACAUGUAUAUCACGAGUACACAUAUGUUUGGCAUUGCAUUCAUACUUGAUGAACCAGGUAUACAUGUUCAUGGUUUAUUGAUUACAGCAUUGUAUACCAUCUGAUUAUCAUACUCGAUUAUUUGAGUAGGCCUACCGAUUGUGUAUCGCGUAACACAAAUUUAUCUCAUAUGUAACAGUGUUCCUUGAUAUUUGCAAUAUGGAAUCACGAUAGUUUCAUGUUAAUGUUCUGUGCUCAUGCAAUUCUGCAGCUGCCUCCAGAACUUAAAAAAAGUAUCUUAAAAUAGACUUGAACGCGAUUAUGGUACAAACAAGUACCGAUUAUCGGCUGCCAUUUGGUUUCCUCCGAAUCUUGGGUAUCGGGCAGACCUGUUGAGGUGAGACAGUUGUCUCGGGUCAUUAUUUUGAGGUACGAUGUGGCAUUUGAUUUGUGAAACGCUUGUUUAUAAUUAUAAUAAACGAGUGUCACAUACUCCAGUAAGUUCUUGCCGAGUGAAGUCUGUACUAUUCUAUUUCACCAAAAAGAAUUGAGUCUGAUGACUUCAAGUUUGUUUGGAGUUGCUGUACAAGUACUUUUGGCGGGUUGGUUUUGGCUCAGAAUUGGUCUAUUUCUUACUGAAUAGAUAAGUUUGCAAGUUUCAUGUGGUUGGUGCCUCGUUACCGGAGAUAACUGCUUGACCUCGUUCGUUUUAUAUCUGUGGACCAGUGUUAUGUCCGUCCUCAAUUCCUAAUGUGUGAAUUCUGCACGCUGUACAUGUAGAAUCGAUGUCAAAUUCUUAAGGGGGGAGGCUAGACGAGUACGUGUAGGUCAAUUACUUGCCAGUAAUUCUGAGCUCGAUCAACAGUGGCAGCAGUGUCCAGUGGUUGCUAGUCCAUUUCAGAAUGAUGAGAUGAACAGCAGUGGCAGUGGGUGUUGACCCCUCUAGUCAAGGUGAAGCUCAAGACAGCACCAGAUUGAUUUCAUUUGGAGAGAAAUCGUGCCCAUUACCUGAAAGAUGUGCCUAAAGUUUCAUUUUACUUAAAAAGCGGCCAAGUUGUUGCUGAGUACGACCGAAUUCUACUUCAUCCGCAUGUGUAGUGACUUUAGAUACAUGUGAACUUACAUACCCUGUGUGAGAACUUGAGGCCUGCCUUGGCCUGUUAUUUGAAAUCUGGUCAAUAUUUAAUGGAACUAAGGUGCAGAAUUCACAGCGGUUCUUUGUAAAAUAACAAGAAAUAGAACAGUUUUGUACUUGCUUCAGCGUGGCCUUAAAAUGGAUUCAUCCUGUAUUUACAUAACACUGUUGUAUUUCUUAGUAUUUUUGUAGAAAUCCUGUUUGACAAGGCCAGGUUGAAUGCCUCGGACGGCUUCUGAUGUCUUUUCCCCAAAAGAUUUAUCAUUCCUCUUUGCCAACAGCAGCCGACCAGAAUGUGACUGCACCCUUUGGAGUCACCGAUGUAUUCUAUUCAUCAAAGUCUGUUCCAGUGGUUACAGAGAUCAUGUCGACCUGUUGUAAAGAUUUGAGCAAAGAAAUUCCCACCGACUUUUCAAAGGCCUAACCUAUGAAAAAUCUGCUGCGGUCUCACAUAUGAUUUGACCAUGGACUUUGAGUGCAUGGAUAAGAAUGUCAAUUGAUAGUCGUCUGUUCGUUUCACCCUGGCUUUGUAGCUCCAGCUCAAAAUACCUACUGUACCUGUAUAUACCACAGAAAUGUAAGAUCUGUUUUUGAUUGACAUCAACCAUAAUGUAUAUAGGUCGAAUUGUUGUUUUGUGAUUAGGUCUUGCCAUUUGUCUUGUAUCGUUUGUGCUACCGUGGUUUCCUUGGAGAGUUCUCGAGAAAAGAAAUGAAGAAUGUAAGACUAUUUUAACAUCGUCUUUGAUAUGAAUCAAAUGCACCACUAUAUUCGUACAGCUACUGUUUGUAUAGUCACAUUUUAUGUAUUUCUCCUUCUGUUCCCAAAUUCAGAACUUCGAAAUGAUUAUAUCCCCUGAUGAUUAGUAUUAACUAAGUUUUCAUUUCAUGAAGGUUUUAUCAGUUGCCCUCUAUCUGUAAGAACCGGCCAGUUGCUGACCCCACUUGACCAGCAUUACUGGACCAGUUAGUAUUUCAUUUCCACUAAAAUUGGUUGUACACCUCAGAAGUUGGAAUUUUGAUCUGGGACUUGGAAGUUGUGUCCAAUAUAUAUGCAAUAUCGAAGCCUUCGGGGGUCAAGAUGACGUGGUGAAGUUAAGGUGAACUUUAUAAGUUAAGAUGACAUUAGACAAGUCUUAUAUUUCUUUUUUGAACAAAAGCUACUCGGCAUUUAAAUUGGUGCUUUCUGUGUAUGAAAUGUGAUCACUAUGAACUGAUUCUAUAGAGUUAAUAAUCUGCUGUUUUUUCGAGUUGACAUGACUUGAUUGGAUACAUUUUGGUGUUGUUGCGUUUUUAUUUUCGUGUUGUGUUCAACUUGUAAUUAAUUAGAAGAAUGGCGUACAGUUGGUUCAGCUGAAGUAGUCCGUUAACUAAGUGCACAUGGUGGCCAAUGCAAUAUUGCCUGCCGUCUGUGGAUGAGGUUACUGACCAGGUUGGUUGGUCCGCACAGGACUGAUAUUUUGUCAGAACAGCUGUUGUACAACUGCGUUUACCAUUAAACCAGAUCACAAUGGCGUAGUGAUGUAUUGAACAGAUCCAUAAUAUCAUGAUGUCUCUUUCGAUAGAAGUUAUGGCACCUCAACCACAUUAAUUCAUGUAACAACAGUUUAAUUCACAAUGUAAAUUACACAGUGCCACUGAGCAGAGAUCAUGUAAAAUUGCCAAGUUGCAGGCAGCCUUGUCGGUGACCAGUAUUCAGGCCAGCUAAACAUAUGUGCAGUUGUCCUGAGUCGAGAGCUUCAGCUGGACUGAACCUUUUGUAUCACCUUAAAAACAAUUCGACGUCCGUAAAUGUUAUUGACAACAAUGUUUCUUCUCCAACACCAUUAUAGAUUCCUCAGUCAAGUCCUAUUGGUAUCGGUCCUUGAGGUUUUCCUAAAGGAGGUUGGGAUUUACUGCUAGGCUGGCACGCAAAAACGCUGAUAACAAAAAUGUACAAAAACUUUGUAGAAUGUUUGUGUACAAUUUCUAUUAUAUCCAAGAACUGUUAGGUACAGAGGUUCUGUAUCAUGAGGGGUGAUCUUUUUAAUACAUACAGGACCUAUACACCUACAUAUUAGAAGUGUAGAUAUGGCAAUAACUCUCUCUCUACUCCUACUUUGAAUAGACAGGGUGUGAGGCUGUUACCCUCUUGGCCAUAUCCUCUCGAUACCGGUGGGACUUGGCAAAUCCUAUGUUUUAAAGGCCCAGUCUUCUCAUGAGUGUUUUGUUUACAUACUGACUUUGACGUAAUCCAUGGCACUGGAACUUUAUUUGUAUGUCAUAGAUCAUAUCGUUACCUAAUUAAAAGAAUUGGUCAUAUUUUUCAAGUAUUGAAAAAAGCUGAAAAUAACUCAACCCAAUAUAGUGUAAAUCGUUGGGUAGGAACAGCGUGAUGAGAAAACUUUGUCUUUAAUAUCUCAUUUUGAACACGUCCUUGGGAAUCCACUUCAUUGGCAAUAGUAGUUGUAUCUAGUAUUUAUGAAUGCACACAUAUUUUAUAUGUCAACUUUGUAUUGUACUUUUGCAUACAUGUUUAUAUAACACUUGUAAAGCAUAUAUUUGUAGUGCUUCGAGAAACUUCUAGUAAAUUAUACUAUGGAAAUGUUUAGAUCUGUAAAGCCUUUCUCUGGUGGGACUGGAAUCCAUUCCUGUACGACUCCACUUACGGGUACUUCGUCUAUGUUUUACCUUUACAUAACCCCCCCAAAAGAAAAGAAGAAAAAUCUCUCUUGCAUUGUAUACUUCACACUUAGCCCCAGAAAUGUGAAAUUUAGUUGAUAAUCAGCUGGAAAGUUGAAAAAUUUAUUGAAAACGUCCUUUCUAGUUUUGAACAAACAUUCAAAUUCCAAUUCUUCUUGCUUCACUGGUUACAGGCCCACCAGAGAGAAGGACACUCUCACAUAUAGUUGCAACGUAUAUAUUGCAGUUCUGUUAUAGGUGCAACGUAAAGUGCAGUUCCACUAUAGUUGCAACGUAUAGUGCAGUUCCACUAUAGUUGCAACGUAUAGUGCAGUUCCACUAUAGUUGCAACGUAUAGUGCAGUUCUACUAUAAUUGCAACGUAUAGUGCAGUUCCACUAUAGUUGUAACGUUUAGUGCAGUUCCACAUUUUUAGUCCGGUUAAACAUUUUAUUGCAAAAUGUUUUAUUUUGUGUUCUUUGUAAAUGAAGAAAGUUGUUUUUUUUGCAUUUGUUCCGCACGUUUGCCUUAGUGCAUUUCGUACAAAGCCAGAUGCACUUCUCGCUGCUUGUUGCAGACCUUUGUGAUAAAUUUAAUAUCAAAUUUAUUUCAGCAUUUUUAUUAGGCUGUGUAUACACGGUUAUCAAAAAUGAUCAUUUUGCUUGAAAGAAAUGACAAAGGAUUGAUAACAUAUUGAUUCUGCAUAUUGACAUUUUUAACCCCUAUUGAUUGAUAAAUCCCAUUAUUUCAUCAUCUGCAAAUUACUUUGUGCAAAAUUCUAAAUUUAUGAAUCAAACCUAAGGAACUCAUUUUUGCCAUCCUCAGCAUAAACCCUAAGAAACUCUUUUUUGCCAAACCCGCCAUUUAAGGUGUCAAUCCUGUGUCAUUUUCCUAUCGAGUUAUUUCAUUGUAAUUGUCGACAUUCUUUAAUUUAAAAAUGAUAAUGUAAACGUAAACCUUGUGGACACUGACUGAAUGAAUGACUGGUCAAAGGCUGAUCCAAAAUCUAACCAGAUUGGGUGGCUUUGUAAACAGUCCUUAGAAUGAGACUUUAAACUGUGGCUCCUUGUACCUGGUGUUUAGUCCGGCUUCAAAACGUUAUUCUUUUGGCGGAAAUUUGCUUCCGUUUUGAGCUGCAUACUUGUAGUAAGCCUUCAAGAAAGAUCACCCAAACAGUGCCGGGGCAAAGUUUCAACUUAGUUUGUACAAAUACCGAUAUACUUCAUGCAUGGAGACUACCUGGUGUCUUUGCCUGGGCAAGCAAAAGACCACACUAAGUUAGAAACAUGAGUAGCUUGUGAUGGACUCCGCCUCCCUGGCUGGAUGGCCGACAUAAUGGCCAGUAUAAUGGGUCCAUAUUUUCAGCUGCAGUUAGUUUUCAAGCAGUCUUAUGGCCAAUGAUACUAUAGACCUUCCCGAUCAAGGUUCCCCAAAACCUUUUUCAGGGAAAUCUGUUUUUCUGACUUCACAUUCAUUCACUCGUGUCCCUGUAGGUUCAUGCUGUUAAUAUUGUAAAUAGGCAAUAAUAUUGGUGUAGAUUUUUUAUGGAGAUAUUUUUUUCCAAUAAUCUGUCCAAGUGGUUUUUCUAUAAAUGCAGUCUUUAAAAACCUCCUCGUCUAUUUGGGAAAGUAAGUUUCAAUUAUGAGCUGUGAUGCUCCCAACCUCGGAGACUUCCACUUUCAUUCCCUCCCUCCAUACAGGUAAUGUGGUGCCCAAAGACAAUUUACUCAUCAAAAUGGUCCUGAGUGUCACAGCCUUAAGUUCAACUGUAGUAAAGGCAAGUCCUCUGCUAUGUCAAAUCAUCUCCAUUUUCUGAUGAUCAACCAUUCUUUGUACUGGAAGUUUUCUACCAAUGGAAUAUAACUUCUUUUUGUGGGACAAUGUUGAUAAAAAAAGAUUUUGGGGAUUAUUUGAUUGGGCAGUUCUGAGAAAAAAUAUAUCCAAAAGGGGAAAAAAUAUUCAUUUUAGGUUUGGGAAAUUCCAAUCCUCGGGCUGCAGUGAUCAAAUUUUGGCGAUCAUCCCUGUUCGCCGUUCUGUAAUGAUGACGUCAUUACCGCCACAUCGGAAUGCUAACAGGUAGCAUCAAUGGUGAUGUAAAUUUCACAUGCACGUCAGCGUAGUUGCACUGAUGUAGCGUAGUAAUGUUCUACCAUCCAUGGUCACUUGCUAGCCUUGCAAUAUGGUGGCAUGGGACUUUAUCUAUACUGAUCAGUUGGGUACAGGCUAAUUGUUCAUUCCCAUCACUUAAAAGCCUAACUCCAUGCUAGAGAAUUGGCCCCACAUUCUCAAGAGUAUUCCUCGGUUCGAGGUAGGAUUUUCUGGAAAUUUCAUUUCUUUCCCCGCGGUUGUCCCACUAACCCACGGAAAAUGCUAAAAUUUUGUUUCGAAAUCUCGGUUCAAUGGCUCAGGAGUGCUUACAUUCAUUCAAGUGUUUGCAGAUUGAAGCAACUGUUAUAAGUCAGUCAUAGUGAUAACGUUGCGGACUUCAUGUCUGUGUCUAUCACUAUCCUCGUAAUAAUCCUGAGUGACUCCUGCACACAAAACCAUAAAAGAAGACACUUUUUGUUCUCGCUAUUACUCGUGUUUGAAUGACUACACAGUUCUCCAAACACUUUCAUUUAUGGCGGUUUUAAUAGCAGCACUAAAUAGAAGUAUUUCAAAGGCAUCUAAUUGGGAUUUUGAUACAAAUUUUACCAUUUUCUGUGGGUUAGCGUGAUGACUUUUGGAUUUCCAACCUCUAAGUAGGGAAUGUGGUGUCAAUUCCCCAGGGUGAAUUGUUGUGUGUUUUUGUAAAGCGUAUUUUUUUUAAAGGCAGCAGUUUCCUUUGCACUUGUUUACUAGUAUGCAUGUUGUAUCACUGUAGAUAUCCGAUUCAUUAGCUCACCUCUUAGCAGAGGUGAGCUUAUCCCAUACCGUGGCGUCCGUCGUCCGUCGUCGUCGUCGUCGUCGUCGUCGUCGUCGUCGUCGUCCGUCGUCCGUUAGCAGGGCACGUUUCGUAACUGUUAGAGCUAUUGAGUUGAAACUUGGUACACAUGUACCCUUAUGUAAUGACACCUUGGAGACCAAGUUUCGGUCCGAUUCGUUUCAUGGUUUGGCCACCAGGGGGCCAAACGUUAAAAGUGAAAAUAUGCAAUAUCUCCCUUAAUAGUAGUCGGGAAAUUUUGAAAAAAAUAUGGUAGGUACUUCUAGCAAAGGUGCAUCAUAUAUCCUCCGGGUUUUUGAUUUGACCUCCUUUUCAAGGUCACAGAGGUCAAAUGGUGUAAAUUGGCCGUUAGGAUGUAACGAUGGCACGUUUCUAAAUUGCAAUGACUAUUGAUACCAAAUUUGGUACACAUUUACCCCUUAGUCAGGUGAUCUCAGGGAUCGAAGUUUGGUCCAAUAUGAUUCACCACUUGACCACCAGGGGGCAAAAUCCAAAAACCUUAAAAAUGUGAUUAUUCCUUAACUUCUUGCCCGAUUGCCACCAAUUUGAUAUCAUGGGUACAUCUUACCACCAUACAGUAUAUGUCACACAGGUUUUUAAUUUGACCUUCUUGUCAAGGUCACAGAGGUCAAAUGGCGUAAAUUCGCCGUCAGGCCGUAACUAUGGCACGUUUCUUAACUGCAAUGACUAUUGAUCACAAAUUAAGUACACAUGUACCCCUUGGUCAGGUGAUCUUAGGUACCGAAGUUUGGUGCGAUCUGAUUUGCCGUUUGGCCUCUAGGGAGGGGGCCAAAUCCUAAAUUCUUCAAAAUGCCAUUAUUCCUAGUAAUGACUUGCCCGAUUGGCACCAAUUUUAUAUCAUAGGUACAUCUAAUUCUAACAACCAUUCAAUGUGUCACCCGGGUCUUCUUUGAUUUGACCUACUUUUCAAGGUCACAGAGGUCGAAUGUACUGUAAAUUGGCCAUUUUGGGGAAAUUGUAAUUGCUUGGACCUACAUCAAACCUAACACUACAUGACACAAUACCAUGCUCUUUAUCCAUCUUUCCUCCACAUGAGGUGAGCACAAUGGCCCUGGCCAUUUUUUUCAGUUUGAAAGACUAUUUGAUAUUUGUUUAUGAAAAGGGGUCCUGAUUAAUGGGAGAAUAUUGGCAAGUUCAGCCAUUUUGUGUGCACAAAUACACUGAAUGUCAUAUCAGUAGUGGUACAAAAAUGGAGAAACUUUGUUUGUGUCAUGAUAUAUCAUGUGACAGAAAUCAUGCCUUUAUUGAAAGUUGGAAAUGAUUUUCAACAGUUAUCUGUAAACCAGUCCAGUCAGGUGGUUGGUCUGAAAUAAUUUUUACCAGAUAUCUGUAAAACUUGGUUUUGUCCUAUCAGGCGGUUGGUGUGAAACCAUUUUUACGAGAUAUCUGGAAAACUUUCUCCAGUCUGUCAGUUGUGGUAUGUGAUUACUCCACAUUUUUGGCCAACAUAUCGUCAUCGACCCUCACAGCUGAAACCCUCAUUUAAAGGCUGUUGUCUGUAUGCCAAGAUUAUUUUGGGUGAAUAUCAAUUUCCAGGAUAUUUUGACCCUUCCCGCCCACGUUGCCAGUGCGAGUGCCAAACAAGAUAUGUAUGAGUAUCAAGUAUCAAACUCCCAACCCAAAUACAUGUAUCAUCAAUUUGAGUGAUAAACAAGUAAUUAAUGAUGAAAUAUCUGAGAGGGGGGUCAAUUUGGUUGGGAAGGACAGGGUGAAGUUGAGUCAGUAAUUAGAUGUUAGUGUGUUGCAGGCUUGAACAACACUUCCAAUAAAAUCUGGCAGUGAGGUGUAGACUCGUCCAUCUUGUACAUUACAAUCUCAUUUGUACUGUAUUCAAAAUUGUUCCACUUGUCAUUAAGUGCGGCUGCUUAUCAUGCCGUGUUUGCUUUCUGCUUAUUGCUUGUCCUAUUGGGACAAGAAAUGCAUUAAUAGUUACAAUAAAUGCAGUCCAUGUGAUUGUACUGUUUUGUUACUGGUUUAAGUAACCUUAAUUAGUAACGUCAAAAAUGUGUAAGGCGAGCUUGCUUGUAUAUUUUUGGUAACAUGCAUAGUCGUCCGACUGUUGCUUGUGUUCUUUAAACUUAUGUGGUCCAUUUCAUUAACUCAAGAGCCUACAUAUCCUACCUGGGGUGUGUGAGUUGGGGGGAGAGGGCGUAUAAAUUAUGUUGAACCAACCCAUUUCAUCUUGAAGAUUCACACAAUUCUGAUGAAUCCAUGGAUGUUAACCCUUCAUUGGUCAAAAUGACCCAUUAUUGAUACUAAGUGACUAAAAUUUCGUGAUAAAAUGUAAAAUUGAUUUCCGAGUGUUUUUAGUUGAUGAGUUGAUCUGCUGUAUGUCUUCAAUGCAAUUUGUGGUCAGGGAGGUGCAAUGUUAGGACCUCCCUGGUGUGGUAGAGCAGUGCUUCUCCUUACAUGUCAUGAACAAUAAAUAUUUGUUUCUGGAAAA